GGAAGAGGCGAGCGCAGUGCUGAGGUCCUCUGGGGCCGGAUGAGCCGAGGCUUGGCGCCGCGGCGCUGGCGGGGCUGGAGGAGGGGGCGAAGGAGGCUGUAGGGGCGGCCCCCGCUCCGGCUGCCCUGAGGGGAAGGAGCCCCCGACCAUGGAAAUCGAGAACAUCGUGGCCAACACGGUGCUGCUGAAAGCCCGGGAGGGCAAACGGAGUGGGCGUAGUAAAAAAUGGAAAGAGAUGCUGAAGUUGCCCCCUAUCAGCCACUGUGAGGGUAUUCGGUGCUCCAUCGAAAGAGACUAUAACCAGCUUUGUGACAAACAGCCGAUAGGAAGACUUCUCUUCAGACAGUUCUGUGAUUCCAGACCAGAUUUGAAAAGAUGCAUUGAAUUUCUGGAUGCAGUGGCAGAAUAUGAGGUAUCUUCAGAUGAAAAGCGCAUAGACUGUGGCCUCAAAGUUUUAGAGACCUACUUCACUAAUGGGUCUGCAGCACACUUGCCAGAAAUACCUCAGGAAACAGUGAAUGAAUGUAAAGCAAGACUGGAAAAGAACCCUUCUAAGGAUCUUUUCAUGGACUGUACUAGAAUUGUCCAUGAAUACCUAAGCAAAAGACCUUUUGAAGCUUACCAGGAGAGUGUGUAUUUUUCCCGUUUCUUACAGUGGAAAUGGCUGGAAAAGCAGCCAGUAACCAAACACACAUUUAGGCAUUACCGAGUACUAGGCAAAGGUGGAUUUGGAGAGGUAUGUGCCUGCCAAGUACGGGCAACAGGAAAAAUGUAUGCUUGCAAAAAGCUAGAAAAAAAGAGAAUAAAGAAGAGGAAAGGAGAAUCAAUGGCUCUAAAUGAAAAAAGGAUUCUAGAAAAAGUGAAUAGUAGGUUUGUAGUUAGUUUAUCCUAUACAUAUGAGACGAAAGAUGCCCUGUGUUUAGUAUUAACCAUAAUGAAUGGAGGGGAUCUGAAGUUUCACAUAUAUAACAUGGGGAAUCCUGGCUUUGAUGAAGAAAGGGCUAUUUUCUAUGCUGCAGAACUCUGCUGUGGUCUGGAGGAUUUGCAAAGGGAGAGAAUUGUUUACAGAGACUUGAAGCCUGAGAAUAUACUUCUUGAUGACUGUGGACAUAUCAGGAUUUCAGAUCUUGGAUUAGCUGUGCAGAUUCCAGAAGGUGAAACUGUCCGAGGACGUGUUGGGACUGUUGGUUACAUGGCUCCAGAAGUGCUCAAAAAUGAGAAGUAUACAUUCAGUCCAGAUUGGUGGGGUCUUGGCUGUUUGAUUUAUGAAAUGAUUGAAGGACAGUCUCCAUUCAGGAAGCAUAAGGAAAGAGUUAAACGGGAUGAGAUUGACCGGAGAGUAAAGGAAGACCAGGAAACAUACUCAGACAAGUUUUCAGAGGAGGCAAAAUCCAUCUGCAGGAUGUUACUUGCUAAAAAUCCAGGGGAACGACUGGGUUGCACUGAAGGAGGAGCUGCUGUUGUAAAGCAACAUCCUAUUUUCAAGAACAUCAACUUCAAGAGGCUGGAAGCUAACAUGUUAGAACCUCCAUUCUUGCCAGAUCCACGUGCCGUUUAUUGUAAAGAUGUCCUGGACAUUGAGCAGUUCUCAACAGUAAAAGGAGUGAACCUGGAUACCACAGAUGAUGACUUCUAUUCCAAAUUUGUGACAGGUUGUGUCUCGAUCCCUUGGCAAAAUGAGAUGAUUGAAACGGGAUGCUUUGAAGAUAUCAAUGCAUAUGAAACUGAUGGUACUGUGUCACCAGACAGAGAGAAGUCUCCUAAGCCAAAGAGAGGCUUCUUUCACAGACUUUUUAGUGGAGAGGUCUGCUUUAAAUCUGAUUGCAGUGAUGAUGAGCAGGAGUCCUCCAGACUUUAAAUCAUUUUAUGCUCAUCAGAAAGGAUGAGCAAACAUUAAAUGUUUUAUAUCUCUGUAGCAAAUUGUAUUAUAUAUAUUUUUUAUCUGAGUUCAAGGAUUUUUGUACAUUUGUACUUCAUUUGUUUUAAGAUGUAUAUUUUCACUAAAGCUUAAUUGUACAAAAAGCAAUGAGUGCCAGUUGAGUGAGUGUGUUUCUGUAUGUAUUUGAUUUAUCUUGAUUAUUUUUUUCCCAGUGGAAUGAAUCUAGAAAUACUAAAAGGAUUUUAAAGCACAGAGAUAGUAUCUAUGGCAUCACUGUAACUUGACUUUGUAUGCUCCUGGUAAAACUCUUCUUGAUCAUUAGGAUCUUUAUUAGCAGUUUUCCUAACUGUAAAGUUGAUGUACUGAUAAAUUUAAUAAUUCUGGUAUUAUCCAGCAGCAUGGCAGUGCUAUUACCUAAUGUAUCUCUCAAGCGACUGCUAAAAGAAAAAAAGGAAUUCAGUGCACUGUGGCCAGCUAUUAGAAAUUGCUCUUUAUUAUCAGGCUCUGUAGAAUCUCUUUCUGUAUUUCUGUAUAAAGACAACUUUGAACAUUUAGCUUAAUCCUGAAGCUGAAUUAUCCCAUUCUUUUCUACCCAUCUUACACAUCCUCUCCACAGAGUUUCUUGGCAUGAACCAUGCAAGUUGACCUAUGCCAAAAUUUUAUAACUAUAUUUUUACAACUUUGUUUUCUUUACUGAAAAGAUUUCUUUUUACCUGUGGGGACACAGUUUUAUUUUAUUUUCUGUAAAUGAAAUUGUUUUUAACUCCAUGUAGGAUGUUAUGAUUUUACAAUGGGUUAAAAAACAAAGCAUGGGCUCUUCUUACUAAUGUCCUCUCUGCUUAUGUUGUAAUAUGCAAUGUUCUAGGGUUGACAGUGAUCACUGCCACUGGGGGAAGGGCAAGGUAGCAUUAAGUAUUGAAUUUAAUUCUGUAAGUAUUUUUUUAUAGCCUUUUAAAACAGAAACAUUAAAAUAUGUCUUUAAUGAUUGUUAAUACAGAUGUGGAACUGGUAUUGAAAUUUGUUAUGAUUACCUGAUCUCCAUUAGUAAAACUGACAAAAGCUGCUUGAAGGCUAGGCAAACAUCCAUUCUUCUGGACUCACUGUAGGUCAGAUGCUUUAUUUUGUAAAUUUCUAGUAAGACUAUUCAUCUAGGUAUGAGAGUCAAUUUAAAGAGCACAUUUCAUUAAGAGCCUCUUCUGUUUUCAAAAUUGAGUUAGGUACUUGGAAUAUAAUGGAGUUGGAGACAUGAUUUUAGUUUUGUAUUUUGUUCUGUAUUCUGAAGAUUUGUCUCAACUAUGCAUGCAUUCAGAUCUCUGGGGCACCAACCGGACCACACAUGUAUUGUACACAUAGAGCAGCUGAACAGCCCCCCCACCUCAAAAAGGUCUGUCUUGUGAUCUGCAGACCCACUGGAAGAAACUUCAGCUGCUUCUGAGAAACUCACAAGAUAUAUUCAAUAUUCAAGCCUAUCAUCUGGUUUUAAUUCACGGUAUUUGGUUUCUAAAGACAAAGUUUUAAUGGAUUAGAAUUUGAAAAAAUUGGAAAACCAGUGUGUUGCAGAACCCUACUGGGGCUCAUCUGGUGCCUCUCUGAAAUUGUUCCUCUUGGCUACUGUGCCACAAAAAUGAGGAAUGAGACAAUUUUCUGUGUUUUCAGUGCGUUUUUCCUCCAGUCUAAAACAGCACACAAGACAGCAAAAUUAUUCUUUCAGAGAAUACAAAGGGAAGAAUUGGCAGAGGGAGAGAGAGUUUGAAUGAAUUACUGGAAGAUGGUCUGAUGUAAUAGUGAAGGGAUGGGAGGCUUGACAGAAAUAUCUGAAGUAAGGGUGUUGGCUAGAACCAUUAUGUGUGAGACAAUGAGCUGGCAGUCUGACCUGACCCUCUUUAUUUUGUACCACAGCAAUAGAACAACUCUAAAAAGAUGUGAAUGGAAAAAUGGGGAAGUAACAAAAGGGUUUUAUAAAUACCUACAUGACUGGAGAAGUCAUUAUUUCCCUGAUUAAGGGGUUUGAAUUUUUAGAGAUCUUAGGCUUACUGUUCUGAGGCAAAGGUGACUGUAGAUAUAAUGUCCAUGUAGAGUAACUUGAAAUUUGGGCAAGAAUAGCAUGGACACAAGCUGAGUAAUUUUUAUGAACAAAAUACAGGAAUUGGUUUUAACAGAUUAAAAAGAAAAUCUGAAAGUCUAUUUAUCAUGUAUUUCACGUUUUCUUUCUGUAUGAGAUGGAGAGGAAUCUUAACUUAAAAAAAAAAAAAAUCACUUCUCUAUUUUGGAGUGUUGAGGCUUAACAUAUAUUUUCCAGGAAUCUGUGAAGAAAGAGGGCUAAAUGAAAAGGGAAAUUGUUCCGAAGAAGUGGUUAUUUAAAUGUCCGCUUCUUUGGAAAAAGGAACUCCUUGUAAAAAAAUGAGAAUUUGUUUUUAUGAAGUUUUACUUAGUUUAAUUUCACAAGUUUUUUCUUAAGUUCAGAAUAAUACUAUUGAAUUGUUUUUGAGUGAGUACAUGUUUGCUGGAUUAUGACAUAAUUCUAUUGGGUUUGGGGUUUGGCUUUUUUUUGGUUAGUUGAUCGGUUCUUCCCCAAUAGGCUCAAGAUGGCGUUAUUGUCCUAUAAAUUUGUCCCUUCUGGCUAGAAAUACAAGCACGUAAUCAUGACUGCAUCUUAUCUGAUGUGAAUCCCCUGGAAAAUUAGAAAAAACAAGGAACUGGAAGGAUCAGCAAUCAGCAUAAGUUUCCUUACACAGUACACGGAGGGGAAGAUGUUAUGCUGUUUAAUCUAAGGUGACUGCAUUGGUUAAAGGUCUUUACUUGGAGGUGCAUCUUGAAAGCAGGGAAAGGCUAAGGAGAGGGGAGAACACCUGAAAGCAAAAUAUCACGGUGCAAGAAAUUUAAUAUGACCUUAGCUCUUGAUUUUUUUAGGACAAAGCUGGGACAAAGAAGGGGGAAAAUAGAAGGUUAUGUUUACUGAUUAUGUAGCCUUUUACUUCCAUGAAACUGUUGGGGUGGGAUGGGGGAAGCCAACAUAACUUCUUGUAAUUCAGUAUGACUUCAUUCUCUAGACCCAUGUGUUGGAAGGCUUUAAUAGCACUGAGACAAUCCAAUGUACUACUGGGGCAAGAUUUGGAAAGACCCAUGGAAUUCCAUGGAGUUACUUGCAUGAGAUCAACCCUCCUUUCCUGUGGCGUGUGUUUCCAAGCAUUUGUGUAUGUGAAUCUUCAUGUUUGCUUGCAAGUACCUCAAACAUCUCUAUUUAGCUCAAAAUUCAGAAACUGUGAAACAAUGUUCCAGUGUCUUAUUGAUUUACUUAAUGCUUUUCAAUGUUGUGACCAGAAGAAUAGAAUCUUCAUGCCUCAGGGUUGUUUUUUCUAUUAAGAAAGCUGUCAGCUUCCCCCUGUCCCCUGAGGUGUGUUCAUAAUAGAGAUGGUGUUGUUUCUGGAUUAUAAGAACAACAGAACAGUCUCAGCUGAAAAAAUGAGCACUUAAAACUAAUAGUAAGUAGGAAAAAAACCUGUGGUAUGUCUGUAACAAUAAGAGCAUUACUGACAAACCUUAGCCUUUAAUAUCUCUUGUCUCUUUUUUUCCCCCUAAUCAUUCUUAAAACAGUAGUCCUGAAUGUUUUUGAGUACAAAUCAAAAUAAAAUAAUCUAGUUUAUAAAUCAAUGAUAGAAGCUAUUAAAACCAACUAACAAUCCAUUAUUAGAAUGCACUUCAAUUAUUUUUCAAACUACACUGAUGUAAGAAUUUCUUCAUUGCCAUUUGUACAAAUGGAGAAUACUUGUUUACAAGUUACUAAAAUACGACAACAAAAAUGAUAUUUUUCCAUGGUUUACAGUUUAGCAUUAUAUGAAUUUAACAUUGGAAUUAUCAUCUUCAUUUUAGUAUAGGGUUUCAGAAAACACUUCUCUUUAGGAAGUGAAAUUCGUAUUAUUGGAAAGUAUCUUUAAGCUGAAGUCAUAUUUACUUUGAUUUUAAUUACUCGCUUGGCUUAUUUGGUGAUGAUGAUGUCUCUUCUGCUGAAUGAAACAUUCUUUUUUAUUUCAUAAUUGUUCUUAUGGUGUAACUUAAGUUUUGCACAUGAGAUGUAGGUAACUUUUUUCCAUGAUCCAGUUGUGUCCAAAACACCAGAAUUCUUUCCAGGCAUAGGAAGCUGACUGUUAAAUGUGAUGUGUUACUUCCAGCAUCUCCAAACCACUGACUGUUCAUGUGUGAGCUAUUUUCCUGGACGUUCUAGCAUUGUAAUUCCUGAAAUAAAAGCAAAACACUGCCACAUAUCUCAACCACAUGCAUUACUGUCUAAUGUGAUUUAUUUACCAUGUCUAUCAUGGUAGCUGGGGAUAGAAAAAGAAAAAUAAAGAAAAUUGUAAUUAAAAUAAAUUUUCGAUUUCUUGAAGCAGAAAAUAUCUCCUGCAUAGUGUAAGCUUUUUACCAGUGUAAGACAGUCAAAUCCAGGAAAAAUGCCCCAGUUCUGCUGUACUGGCUCAAUUGAUACCUUAUCUCAUAGUCUGGACCUAGACUUUGGCAUAUAUUUCCAUGUGAAAAGACAGAAUUAUCGGGUUGUGCUGUUUUUCAUUAGCACAUUUAUUGUAAUUUUAUAACAUGAGUUGAAGGACAAAACCCCCAAAAGCUCUCCAAAAGGGUUUCAAAUUAAAUGACCUUAAAACAUACAACCGUGCUGUGACAUUGCAGAUGAUCCGUGCAUAUGCCAAACCACGUGGGCCAGCAGUCUCACAGAGUAGUACCAAUUACCUGCUGAAUUGUUCAUGGAAAUGCAGAAAUGCUGGCCAAAGUGGGAUUUCAGGAUAGAGUGAAAAAUACUCUUGACAUGCUCACCUUAAAAACAUUAAAUCAAGAGGUAACUUAAGAAACAAGGUAAAAGCAUGUUUCUUUUCUUUUCUCCUGGACGCUAAGAUUAAUUAAUUGUCAUCUGCUAAAUUUCAGAUAAUCUUUUAGGUAUGCACUGUUAAUUGGAACUUCAUUUUUCUUUGAGGUAAUGUUGACUUUACAAAAACGCUUCUUUAAUCCUGCCUUGCUUUUUCUUGCCCCUUACCUGGUUUACAUCGCUUUAUUUUUGCCAGUGUGGGUGUUUGUGGGGCAGAUCAGUGACGUGAUACCUGCAAAACCAUGGAUCAGUCAGUUUGGGCUGGGAGAACCGACUGAUAAGGUAAUCACCAAAGAAAAUCCUGAUAGCUUGAAUUACCUUCCAGUUAGCUCACAGCUAAUGAGCCUCUCAGCCGCUGGAGCUAGGAAGGACAGGGAGAACAAAGAGCACUGAGCUUGUGGGCAGGCACUGCCUUGGCGCUCCUGCUGCUGAGUCAGCAGCCCACAGGGACUGGCACACUUUGAUGGAAAGCUUCAAAAUAGCCUUGCAAGGACGGGCUUGGUUGGUGGCUUGUUUAAUCUUUGAUAAGAGCUUAUGCUCUUUUUACUGUCCUUACAUUUAUUUCAAAGUGUGGAGUGGCACAUGCACAGAGUGUGCAGCAUUCCAACUCUGCUGUCAUUUUUUAUCAUGUAUCACUUGCUAAAUAAAAAAUUCAUGAUUAUCCACAUGUUCCAGAGAAACGUUUCUGCAAGCUUUAUCAUAAAAUAAUCAGGAGAAAUACUGGUCUUACCUUAAAAGCUCACAUUUUGUAGCACUUCUAUAAUGAAACAAGGUUUUGCUUUACGUUGAAUUGCUUUCAGGACUAAGGUUAGGUUUCCUUUCGGAGGACUGUUUCAAAUAGUUUGUCUUUUAUUAACAUGCUAAUAAAAUUAACUGGUAGAGAGAGCACUGUUCUAGUGAGUAUUUGACAAGAAUGUUAUCUAUGACUUCUGUCGGCCUGAAUAUUCAGAAGCAUGAGCAGACAUUUCUUCAUGUCUGCUAACAAUAACCAAGUUGAAUUACUGGAAAUUUAUUUUCUUAGAAUUUCUAAGAGCUGUUCUCCAUUUUUAUUGCUGAAACCAGUUUCAUGUGUUUGAGAUAAGUUGAAUUGCCAGUUCUUAUCAGCUGUCAUUUAAUGUCUGUAUUAACAAGUAGAUAUAUUAAAAUCAGUGGUUGCAAUUGGAAA